UGAAACGGACAACACUCAACCGGAAGUACUUCUAACUGGAGCGCGUGACUCUGUUUUUUCAAAAUGGUGACUGGUUGGCGCGAUAAUUCUGUCUGAGUGUUUUUGUCUUCAUGGUAGAGUUUAAGGAAGUUUGAUAGAGAGCUAGCUGUGUUUGUGAGAGUUUAAAAUGUCUAAAGUCCACACACUGAGAGGUUUAGUGAAGCAGAGACUGACUGCGGCUGCUGAAGAGAUAUUUGAGCUGUUUGAAAGAACGAUAGCAGAGUACGAGGAGCAACUUAGUCGAUCAGCAGAGGAGAACCAGCGACAACAGAAACUACUGGACGCUGUUUACAACCCGGAAGUCCGUUUACACAGAGCAGUGUUUCCUGCAGACGCCCAGCAGCUGUUGGAGAUUAAAGAAGAGGUUCCCUUUGAGCAGCAGGAGAGGAGCUCCAGUCCAGACCAGGAGGACCCAUCAGAUCCACCACACAAUAAAGAGGAACGGGAGGAACUGUGGAUCAGUCAGGAGAGAGACCAGCUUCAAGGACUGGAGGAGGCUGAGACCAGCAAGGUCACAUUGACUCCUGUCCCUGUGAAGAGUGAAGAUGAUGAUGGAGAGAAACCUCAGCCCUCACAGCUUCAUGAAAACCAAACUGAAGAGAACAGAGACACAGAGGGUUUGAAAACAGAAGAAGAUGAAGAGGAACCUCAGUCCUCACAGCUGUCUCAAAUACAAACUGAACAGAUGGAGACAGGAGCUGACAGAGAGGACUGUGGAGGACCAGGACCAGACAGGAGCAGGGAUCCAGAUAGUGAGGUCACGACAGAAGACUCUUCUGAAGCUGAGACUGAAGACAGUGUUGAUUGGGGAGAGAUGACAGAACAUCAGUCAGGGCUAGACUCUGUGAAGCAGAGAAAUAAAGAACGAAAAGAGACAAAGAAGAAACCACACAGCUGCUCUGAGUGUGGGAAAACAUAUAAGGAUAAAGGACUGUUAGCUGAACACAUGAGGACUCACACAGGAGAGAAACCCUUCAGCUGCUCUCAGUGUGGGAAAAGGUUUUGCAAGAAAAGCAUAUUGAACGGACACAUGAAAAUUCACACAGGAGAGAAACCCUUCAGCUGCUCUGAGUGCGGUAGGGGAUUUCUCAAGAAACGAGAUCUUCAUCGACACAGCAUAGUUCACAAGUCAGAGAAACCCUUCAGCUGCUCCGAGUGCAGGAAAACAUUUAAGGACGGUAGGAAUCUGAACCUACACAUGCUUACUCACAGUAAAGAGAAACCCUUCAGCUGCUCUGAGUGCGGGAAAAGGUUUAACCAGAAAGCUAAUCUUUCUAGACACAUACAGAUUCACAAGUCAGAGAAACCCUUCAGCUGCUCUCAGUGCGGGCAAAGGUUUACUCAAAGCAGAUAUCUGAUCAAACACGGGCAUAUUCACAAGUCAGAGAAACCCUUCAGCUGCUCUCAGUGCGGGAAAAGGUUUACUCAAAGCAGAUAUCUGAUCAAACACAGGAAUAUUCACAAGGAAGAGAAACCCUUCAGCUGCUCCGAGUGUGGGAAAAGGUUUAACCAGAGAGGGAAUCUGUCUAGCCACAUGCUUCUUCACAGGGAAGAGAAACCCUUCAGCUGUUCAGUGUGUAAGAAAAGAUAUAACUACCACAAAGGUCUGCGCAGACACAUGAAAGUUCACUCCGGAGAGAAACCGUCGAGCUGAUCUGAGUGUGGAUAAAGAUUUACUCUUCAAGGGAAUCUGAUCCUAUAUCACUCUUCUCUUUCAGACACAGAACAUGACCCAAGUACAGAGCCUCAAAGGUCGUUGGUAUUUGAGUCUCAAACACUUUGCCAAGUGUACAUUUUCUAUUUUCAAGGUUUUAUUUCAAGGUUUCAAACAUUCUGGCAGACAUCUCACGACCCCCCAUUUGUGUCUU